GAAAUGUAGCGAGAGAAGAGUCGUAGUAGCGGGCGCGACCGCGGGAGUGUAUACGGAGAGAUGAAGCGAGCUCUCUCCACCAAGCAAAUCGCGAGCCAAACCAAGAAGACAUCCACAUGACGACGCCUCGCGCCACCACCACCACGUCGCCCUUCUCCUCUCUCCUCCUCCUCCCGAUCUCCCCCUCCGCCGCGACUCCUCCGCGCCGCGCCAGGACGCCGCCGCCGGCGGUGGCACAUGGCGGCGUGCGGUGGACGGCUGGCGGGAGGCGGCGACGGCGAGGGUGCCGGGCGGCGGCGGCGGUGGUCGAGGACGGCGUGCUUCUCCCCAAAGAACAGGAGGACGACGCGUCGGCGGCGAGAUACGACUGGAGGGAGGAGUGGUACCCGCUGUACCUCGCCAAGGAGGUGCCCGACGACGCCGCGCUGCCGCUCACGGUGUUCGACCGGCAGCUGGUGCUGUACCGCGACGCCGCCGGCGUGCUCCGCUGCCACGAGGAUCGGUGCCCGCACAGGCUAGCCAAGCUAUCCGAGGGCCAGCUCGUGGAUGGCAAGCUGGAGUGCCUGUACCACGGGUGGCAGUUCGACGGCGAGGGCAAGUGCGUCAAGAUCCCGCAGCUCCCCGACGGCGCCAAGAUCCCGCGCAACGCGUGCGCGCGCAGCUACGAGGUGCGGGACUCGCAGGGCGUGGUGUGGGCGUGGAUGUCGGGGACCAACCCGCCGGACGAGCGGAAGCUGCCGUGGUUCGAGCCGUACGCGCGGCCGGGGUUCACCGACCUGUCCACGGUGCACGAGCUCCCCUACGACCACUCCAUCCUCCUCGAGAACCUCAUGGAUCCCGCGCACGUCCCCAUCUCCCACGACCGCACCGACUGGACGGCGAAGCGGGAGGACGCGCAGCCGCUCUUCUUCGAGGUCACCGAGCGGACGCCGCGCGGGUUCGCCGGAUACUGGGGGAAGCAAAGGACGCCACACCUUCGCAACCUGCUCCGGUUCGAGGCGCCGUGCGUGCUUACCAACACGCUGGAGUUCGUCGACAAGGACGGCAAGGAGCAGUGCUUCUCGGCGCACUUCCUCUGCCGCCCCGCGGGGCAGGGGAAGUCGAUGCUGCUCGUUCGGUUCGGAUCCACCCAGACGUCGCCGCUGGUGAAGGUGCUCCCGAGGUGGUACUUCCACCAGAACGCGUGCAAGGUGUUCGAGCAGGACAUGGGGUUCCUGUCGUCGCAGAACGAGGUGCUGCUCCGGGAGAAGGUGCCGACCAAGGAGCUCUACCUCAACCUCCGGUCGUCGGACACGUGGGUGGCGGAGUACCGGAGGUGGAUGGACAGGGCGGGGCACGGCAUGCCGUACUACUUCGGGCACAGCACGCUGUCGCCGCCGCCGGUGCCGGCCGUUGUCGAGCAGGCGCCGGCGGGGGCGGUCGCCGGGAUGUCCGCGUCGUUCCCGGCCAAGGGCGGCGUCGGCGCCACGCACGCGCCCAACCCGACCAACAGGUACUUCCGCCAUGUCGUGCACUGCAAGGGGUGCAGGGACAGCGUCAAGAGGUACGCCUCGCUCAAGAACGCCUUCGCCGCGCUCGCCGCGGCGGCGGUGGCGGCGGCCAUCCUGGCGGCGACCAGGCAAUUGAAGGCCGUCCUGCUGGCGUCCGCGGCCGCGCUCGCCGCGGCGUCGUACGCGUGUAACUGGGUGCUGUCUCUCAUCACGACCAAUUUUAUUAGGACACACAGGAGACUGUAACCGUGGCAAUGGCUGUCAUGCUUUGGCACAUACUAAUAGCAAGGUAGAAUGGUACAGCUAUUUCAUUAUUUUUGCCCUUGUAUAUUUGUAUCACUACAUGAGUAAACGACGUUUAGUUAUCGAUAGUUUUGUUAUGAGUGAUGAA